UCCAUCAAGCAAGUCAUCGGGGACGCCUUAGCCUUGGUGGCAGAAGACACGGCCACCCUGUUCGCUGGGCUUGCCAUUUCCAUGGCGACCAAUUGGAAACUGGCUUUGAUAGUAUCGAGCUUCCUCCCGGUCGUGCUCCUAGAGGGUUACGCUGAGAUGAAUCUUGUUAGUGCCACAUUCAAAGCUGCCAAGGAGAGGUACGAGGAGGCUGGCAGCAUUGCUAAUGACGCCAUCAGCAACAUCAGAACCGUAGCUUCUCUGUGCGCGCAGAGCAAGAUGGUGGAGAUUUACGAACGUAAGUGCCUGGCCCUGAAAGCACAUGGUAUCCGUCAGGGGAUCACAAGGGCCAUGGGGUACGGCUUGUCCACCAUGCUUGUCAACUGUUUCCACGGCGCGUGCUUCUUCUUUGGAGCUCAGCUCGUGUAUCAUGGCAGAGCAACCAUUGACCAGGUCUUCACGGUGAGUAAAUAGCAGGGGACUCUCAUAUCAUUUCUAGAUGGAAGAAGAUAGAUUACUGACAAGAUCGAGUGCAUGAAUGUGUGCAG